AUGGAAUCAAAAGCAGCAGCCGCAACACCGCCAUAUCAAAGUUCUGCGAGAUUCGCUGACUCUCAAUGUUACCCUCAGUACACAGCGUCUCUUAAAUGCAAAUUCUCAGGCUUGGAAGAGUUUGGCUCGGACAAAAGUAAAUGUCAAGAGCAUUUUGAUGUUUACAAGGAAUGCAAGAAAAAAGAGCGAGAAGCUCGGUUGGAACGCAACAAAAGUCGCUCCCUCUUCUCGUGA